AUGACCCGCGCCAUUCAAGUGCUUCGCACAGUCCAGCAGGUCCGCCAGUGGAGAAGACAGUGUCUUUUGAAUAAGGAGUCUGUUGGCUUCGUGCCCACCAUGGGUGCUCUACAUGCGGGACAUUGCCAUUUGGUCCACCAUAGCAUCAAAGACAACGACCGCACGGUGGUGUCGAUUUUCGUCAAUCCGUCGCAAUUUGCUCCACACGAAGACUUGGACGCAUAUCCUAGAACCUUGGACAGAGACCUCGCCAUGUUGGAUGAGCAGUUUUCAGAGAAACCCGUAGAUGCCGUGUUUGUGCCCAAAAUUCUGGAGCUCUACCCCUCGGGGAUCGUUUUGGAGGUCGAAAAACAGAAAGGUGCGUUUGUCACCGUGCAAGGCUUCUCGGAGCAGCUUGAGGGUGCACUGAGACCGGCGUUUUUCCGGGGAGUUGCCACGGUGGUCACCAAAUUGCUCAAUGUUGUCACGCCCGACCGCGUCUACUUCGGCCAGAAGGACGCCCAGCAAUGUGUCGUCAUCAAGAACUUGGUGAAGGAUCUCUUAAUAGACACCAAGGUUGAGAUCUUGGACACUCUUCGCGAGCCAAACGGCCUCGCCAUGCUGUCUCGUAACGAGUACUUGUCUCCAGAAACAAAGGACGAGUGUACGAUCAUAUACCAAGGGCUUGUUGCUGCCAGAACACUUUUUGCCAAGGCCCAGGAUGAGGGAAUGUCUGUGACCGCGCAGGCCAUCCGAGAAGCCAUCGACAAGACUUAUCAGAACAUGCCGCAAGACUGGAAAAUUGAUUAUGUUGCCAUUUCACACCCGGAAACUUUGGAUGAGCUAGUGACUGUGGAUAAAGAUAUCGGUGCCACGGUUUCUGUUGCUGUCAGAGUACCCAAGGAGGACGGUACUGUCGCACGCCUCAUAGACAACGUCCAACUCAAGUAA